CUUUCUGGUGUUUUCCAUAUUACGGUACAACAAAUAAAUCAACAUGGCGACUCCCAGUGGACACACACAACCUCUUCCUAACGAACAAGAAGAAGAGGACGCGUCUGAAUUACUUUUCCCUAAAGAGUUUGAGAAUGCAGAAACUUUACUGAUAUCAGAAGUACAGAUGUUACUGGACCAUAGGAAACAACAGAACGAAAGCGCAGAAGAAGAGCAGGAAUUAUCAGAAGUUUUUAUGAAGACACUGAAUUAUACCAGCCGAUUCUCAAAGUUUAAAAAUAGAGAGACUAUCACUGCAGUAAGAAGUCUGUUAAUGCAGAAGAAGUUACACAAGUUUGAGUUGGCAGCUCUUGCAAACUUGUGUCCUGAUAAUGCAGAAGAAGCUAAGUCUCUCAUACCAAGUUUGGAGGGUAGAUUUGAAGAUGAAGAACUACAACACAUACUAGAAGAUAUUCAGACUAAAAGGAGCUUUCAGUAUUAAUGUACAUUUGUCAUUUUGUUGAUUUAAACAGAGAUCAGAGAUGGUUUCAUUAUAUGUAACUUUUUUUGGUAUAAUUUGAAGUACUUUACUUGUCAUUUAAAUACACAAUUUUAAUACACAAUUUAAAGUAAGAUCAGAGUAAAGACGUAUUGCACACUCUGCCACCAAUCUGUAAAAUUUUAACAAUAUUUAUUGUGUCCAUAAAAGUCUAAAUUACAGUUAAGCCCAUAAGAGCAUUUGUAAUACUAUAAGACAAAAAAAUGCAUGUACAGGUAAAUAUUUAAAAUGCAUUUAAACAUUGUAGAUUUCAUUCAUACAAAAGUUUUCGUUCAUUUCGUUUCAUUUUAUUAUAGGAUUAAACGCCUUUUUAAAGGAAUUUAUUGGUGUAUAAAUUCGACCAAUUCACUCACAAACAAAUAAAAGUCCGAAGGACUUUUAUGAUAUGUUUGUGAGUGACUUGGUACAGUCUAUACACCAAUAAAUUCCUUUAAAAAUGCGUUUAAUCCUUAUAAUUCUUUAAAAUUGGAAAUAAGGAAUUUAUUUUUCAACACUCGGAACCUCUAUCACACGUAAAUUAUAUAUUUGUGUCAUUGAAUAGGCCUGGCGCAUGAAUAUAUUUGUUGGUUAAAGCAAAAAUAUGUACUCCAUGAAAUUUGCAAUCUGAUAAAAAAUAAACAACAAAAACUCUUAUUAUCAUUCAAACGAAUGUUUUGUGUUUUUUAUUUAAUUUAACUAUUAAGACCUAUUAACGCGAAUUGAAAAUAAAUUUGGUUAACGUCGAUCCGGAUUGUGUCAUUAAAGCCGCCAUCUUGUUUACAUUGGUUACGAAAAGAAGUUUGGUCAAUGUCGUCUAUCGAAAAAUAAACAACGUCAAGAACAACUACCGGAAGUCCUCUCAACCAAUCAUAUCAACAUAUUCUCUAAUAUGCAAAUCAUAUAAGAAUUAUUUCAUUUUAUUUCAUUGUUGCUAUUUGAUGUAUACAAAACUGCACAAAGAAAGUACAUUGGUUGUCUGGGUUUUAGAAGACUUUUUUUCUACCUGCCAACAUUCAUUUUAAUGGAUUGCCCUCUGUUAUAACAAUUUUUUUCUGACAAAAUAAGACAAUGUUUAAGGAUGUUCGCUACUCUGUUUCAAAAUAACAAGCUUUUUGAAAGAAUGUCAUAAAUUGAUAGUAUAUUAAUGAAGGAACUAAAAAAGCAGAAAAAAAUGAAGGGUCCGUGUGCUUGUUUUCGAGAUAUAAGCCAUUGAAAAUUUGGCGGGAAAUGAUUCUCUCUAGAAUUUUCAUACAUUUAACAUUGACACCCUUUUUCUUUAAAAAAAUUGAAAAAAUAACAAGGAUUUUAUAAGAUUUUCAAAUAUGGCUUUUUAAACUAUAUGUAAUAAAAUUAUGAAAAGAAAGUAGGGGUUAGUGGACAAAAUUUCUUAAUGGAAAAACAUGGAUAAAACCAAAGGAUUCCGAAUAUCUGACAAAAAAUCAAAAACAAGAGAAGCGAACAUCCUUAAAUCAUAAGAUUAAGACAGAUGAUCUUUGGAUUUUAAUUCAGUUAAUGAUAAAAGCUAGUUUACAAAUGUUUUGUAAGAAUGUUUAAUUAUGUAAGGUUAUUUCAUUUCAUAAUUUGUCUCAUCUUUAUUACUAUGAAGAACAUGACUAUUAUUGUACAGUCAUUUUGUAAAUAAAUGUUUAAAAAUUGUACACAAAUUGUUUUCUUGAUUCAGAUCAUAUGAAGCUGGUUGUCCUGAAAAUUGUUUGCAGGAACUCAAAGAGGCUGUUUAUUGAUAAGCAUAAUUGAUUGAUCAUAAAACAAACUUGAAAUUAUGCAUUGAACUCGAGAUGUUUUUUUUGUGUGUCAUUGUGCAACUGAUAUCUGUUAGAAGUACAUGUAUUACAAUAUCUUUUUUCAUGAAAAUUUUGUUUUCUUUUUUAGUAUGAAUAAUUUAAUUUCAAGUCUACAUUUCUCGACAAAUAUUUCUGAAAUUUAUAUCAAAGGUAUAAAAACAUUUGAAGUAUCAGCAAUGGCUGGACGAGUUUCAAAUAUCAGCACUGAUAAAUUCACUCCACAGCAAGGAGUAUGUCCCUUAGAAAUGUUAAUUCUAUAGGAAAUUGAAUUAAAAAUGCUAGCAUG